CACAAAAAUGUAGGCAGCCAACCACGUGGCGGCCUCCGGUGUCGCAUGUGGAUAGCAGAUUCCCGUUCCGAUUUCUUCUCCUUGGUGGACCCCACCGGUUUUCCAAUCACAGAGGAGAUUCCCGACGAAUCUUCCAUUUCCCCUGAUCUUCGCACCCAUAUAAAGUUGUUGUACAGUUUACAGAGCUAACUGAAAGAGAAGAAGUUCAGAUAAUAUGAGAGCUUUGAAUUCGCAAUUUGUUUUGAUUAACGUUCAGAGCUCAUGGAGCUCGGCUAAGCAAAUACCCAUCUCAGCUUUUGCAUACCUGGACAGCUCUCGGGCUGGCUCCUCCGCAUUCUCUGCGGAAUUCCGUCGAAAAUGUGGUGGGCGGAACAGGAACACAAUCUCGUCGUCGAUUCAGUCGCCGGAAAUUAGGAGGCCGAGGGACCGGACCACCCGCGCGAAUUGGUUGAAGUCGAUUUCGACGAGCUCGCCGUCGACGUCGAGUUCUCCGGAUGCGCCCGUCUCGGACAUGGACUUGUUCCUUCAGAUUGUGCCCUCGAGGAUGAGAAAUGAGCUCGUUAGGCAUGAAGAAAUCGGGGAGUUAAUUGAGAUAGUCAUGGAUUUGGGUAGGAAGCCGCUUGCACGGUUUCCGUCGGGAGAUUGGGUGGUUUCGGAUCAGCCUGUGAAGCUUGAGGAUCUACGUCAUGCCAUCUCAAAGGUUGGUGAUUUCUCUGAUGACAACCGUUCGGGUAUUGACAACUCCCUGCAUCGUAUAAGUGCUAUCCGUAACCGUAAAUUGCAAAUCAUUGGCCUUACAUGCCGAGUUGGUCGAGCUGUAUCAGGAAGUGCUGAGAUCAUACGGGACUUGAUUGAAGGAGGAGGUUCCAUAUUAGUUAUAGGGCCUCCAGGAGUUGGCAAGACUACGUUAAUCAGAGAAAUAGCUCGGAUGCUGGCAGAUGACCAAAAGAAACGUGUUGUUAUUGUUGACACAUCGAAUGAGAUUGGGGGUGAUGGAGAUGUUCCUCAUUGUGGAAUUGGUCUUGCAAGAAGGAUGCAGGUUCCAAAUGUGAACAUGCAGCACAAUGUGAUGAUUGAGGCAGUUGAAAAUCAUAUGCCUCAAGCUAUUAUAAUUGACGAAAUUGGAACGGAGCUUGAAGCAUUGGCUGCCAGCACAAUUGCUCAGAGAGGCGUGCAGCUUGUUGGAACUGCUCAUGGAACCACUAUUGAGAGCAUUAUAAAAAAUCCCUCUUUACAGCUUCUUGUUGGUGGCAUAGAGAGUGUUACUCUUGGUGAUGAAGAAGCAAGGAAAAGAAAAGUGCAGAAAACAAUUCUUGAGAGAAAAGGACCGCCUACAUUUACAUGUGCUGUUGAAAUGAUAUCAAGAACUGAGUGCCGUGUUCACCAUAGAUUAGAUGCAACUGUGGAUGCCAUUCUUGCAGGGAAAUCUCCACUCUUUGAAAUCCGCCAGGUGGAAGCUGAGUUGAAUACGUCAAUGAAGUCUUCUUCAUCUACUCGUGAGGACCAUGCUGAUGUAUCUAAGCUAACUACUGACCAUAAAGUAGACAAAGAAGAUAGCAGAAUACUUGAUACAGUUAAUAAAGAUUAUUAUCUGCACUUUGAUAAUGAUAACAAAAAUGUUAAAUUUGAGUCUGAUGAUGAAGACGAAGAUAAUCCCAAGUCCAAGAAAUCUGGUACAAAUGGACCUCUUAGUAAGAGGACCUCCCCUCUGUAUGUAUACACUCACAAGAUUCAAGAAGCUGAUUUAUUAGAAGUGACCACUGCUAUGGGGCUUGAAGAUGAAAUAGACGCAACUGAUGAUAUAGGUGCUGCAGAUGCUAUACUGGCUACUAGUACUGAAAUGAAGCAGAAUCCUUGGAUCCGCAGUGUUGCCAAAUUUCACCAAGUGCCUGUGUUUGUAAUCAAGUCAAAUACAAUGGCACAAAUGGUGAAGGCGGCCCGUAUGAUUCUUGGAAUGGAUUCAUAUAGCUCAAAACAACCACUCAAAAAUGCCUUCGAUAUUGAAAUUGAAGACGAUGCACCAAAAAGAAAACCAACUCUGGAGGAGAUUGAUGCCUUGGAGGAAGUUCGGCUUGCAAUCGAGUACAUAGUGAUACCUGGUGGCGAGCCAGUGGAGCUCCUUCCAAGGCGUUCCGAGAUAGUAGCCCAGCAAGUUAAGCUGGUAGAGAGCUACCAGUUGGCUGUAGAGAAUUCAGGUACUGAACUCAACCCCAGGCUGCAAAUCCUUCCUCAAAAACUAAACAAGGCUUCAGAGAAGCACUCUAAAUCUCAUUCAAGCCGGACUAUAAGUUCCGGCAUCUCAUUCACUACCGGCACCGGAGGCGCUACCGUUGCUCGGCUGCCAUUGUUACCGGAAUAAGUCAAGUCUCUAAUUGUGAGACAAUUCCAUAUUCAAUGACAUGUUUGAAACAGUGUACAGUUGUAUAUGUAAAUGUGUAUGUCUCAUGUAAACUUAACAUUUAUUUGAUGAUCAAGUGUAAAUCAUUCUCUUGUUGUUUUUUUUU